AUGGCGUCGAACACAGGAGCGUCAGGAUGGUUCAGGGGUAAGGUGAAGGCUGUGACAUCUGGGGAUUGUCUACUAAUCAUUGGGAGCUCAAAGGCUGAGAUCCCACCUGAGAAAUCCAUCACCCUGUCCUACCUUAUGGCCCCAAGGCUGGCUCGCCGUGGUGGAGUUGAUGAGCCCUUUGCAUGGGAAAGCAGAGAGUUUCUGAGAAAACUUUGUAUAGGGAAGGAGGUCACAUUCAGAGUGGAUUAUACAGCCCCUAAUAUUGGACGAGAAUUUGGAACUGUUUAUCUAGGCGACAAGAAUGUUGCAUACUCAGUAGUUUCUUCUGGAUGGGCAAGGGUAAAGGAGCAAGGCCCCAAGGGGGGCGAACAAAACCCUUACCUUGCAGAGCUGUUGAGGUUGGAGGAAGUUGCCAAACAACAGGGUGUUGGUCGUUGGAGCAAGGAACCUGGUGCUGCUGAAGAGUCAAUAAGAGAUCUUCCACCAUCUGCAAUUGGUGAAGCAAGUGGUUUUGAUGCGAAGGGUUUUGCGGUUGCAAAUAAAGGCAAGAGUUUGGAGGCCAUUGUUGAACAAGUUCGCGAUGGCAGUACUGUUCGUGUGUAUUUACUCCCUAGUUUCCAGUUUGUGCAGAUAUAUGUUGCUGGAGUACAGGCUCCAUCAAUGGGGAGACGCCCAUCGGCACCUACUGUAAUUGCUGAAACUGAUGAUACUGCUAAUGGCGUGAACGGUGAAGAUUCUGAGGGAACACCUGCGCAACUGACUACAGCACAAAGACUUGUUGCUUCUGCAGCUUCUGCUGAAAUUCCACCAGAUAGGUAUGGAAGAGAAGCCAAGCACUUCACAGAGACUAGAGUUCUCAACAGAGAUGUGCGUAUUGUGGUGGAAGGCACAGACAGCUUUAGUAAUAUAAUUGGUUCUGUGUAUUACCCUGAUGGAGAGACUGCAAAGGACUUGGCCCUUGAGCUUGUCGAAAAUGGGCUUGCAAAGUAUGUUGAGUGGAGUGCUAAUAUGCUUGAUGUUGAAGUAAAAAUAAAGCUGAAGAACGCAGAACUUCAGGCUAAAAAGGAUCAAUUGAGAAUCUGGACAGGGUUUAAGCCACCGGUGACAAACUCGAAGCCCAUUCAUGACCAGAAAUUUACUGGAAAAGUCGUAGAGGUUGUAAGUGGGGAUUGUAUUAUUGUGGCUGAUGAUGCUACUCCAUAUGGCAGUCCUUCAGCUGAACGUCGGGUUAAUCUGUCAAGCAUUAGGGCUCCUAAGUUGGGCAAUGCUCGUACAGAUGUGAAGCCUGAACCUUUUGGUCGUGAAUCUAAGGAGUUCUUGCGCACGAGGUUGAUUGGCAAGCAAGUGGCUGUUGAAAUGGAAUAUUCUCGAAGGAUCAGCACUGUGGAUGGACAGAGUGCUGCUCCAACAGCAAACAUGGCUGAUACGAGAGUUCUAGAUUAUGGUUCAGUUUUUCUGGGUUCACCAUCACAUACUGAUGGAGAUGACAUAUCUUCUGCUCCGAGCUCUGCCAGCCAGCCUGGAGUUAAUGUUGCUGAGCUUUUGCUCUCACGAGGCUUUGCUAAAACAUCUAAACACAGGGAUUAUGAGGAAAGGUCACACUAUUAUGAUGCUUUGUUAGCAGCUGAAUCACGGGCUGAGAAAGCAAAGAAAGGAGUGCAUUCUCUAAAAGAAUCUCCUGUGAUGCAUAUAACAGAUUUAACAACUGUAUCUGCAAAGAAGGCCAAAGAUUUCCUUCCAUUCUUGCAGCGGAACAGAAGGCAUUCGGCCAUCGUUGAAUAUGUUUUUAGUGGCCAUCGGUUCAAACUAACAAUUCCUAAGGAGACUUGCAGUAUUGCCUUCUCAUUAUCUGGUGUUCGGUGUCCUGGUAAAGGCGAGCCAUACUCAGAUGAAGCUAUUGCUUUGAUGAGGAGAAGGAUACUACAACGUGAUGUGGAGAUAGAGGUUGAAGCAGUUGAUAGGACAGGAACAUUCAUAGGUUCGUUGUGGGAGUCCAAGACCAACAUGGGCUCUGUACUUCUGGAAGCUGGGCUCGCCAAGCUGAGUUCAUUUGGCUUGGAUAGGAUCACAGAUGCUUAUGUCCUAACAAGAGCUGAACAGUCUGCAAAGCAACAAAAGAUUAAGAUAUGGGAGAACUAUGUCGAGGGUGAAAAUGCUUCCAAUGGAUCCACACCUGAAUCUAAACAAAAGGAAAUUCUCAAGGUUGUCGUCACGGAAGUUCUUGGUGGUGGGAAGUUUUAUGUUCAGACAGUGGGUGACCAGAGGGUGGCUUCAAUUCAACAGCAGCUUGCAUCUUUGAAACUUAAAGAUGCGCCAGUCAUUGGUGCUUUUAAUCCUGUGAAGGGAGAGAUAGUCCUCGCACAAUUUAGCCUUGACAACUCCUGGAACAGAGCUAUGAUUGUUAAUGGACCUCGUUCUGUAGAAUCUCCGAACGACAAGUUUGAAGUAUUCUAUAUUGACUAUGGCAACCAAGAGGUGGUUCCCUACAGUCGUCUACGACCUGUUGACCCAUCUGUUUCCUCGUCUCCUGCUCUUGCUCAGCUAUGCAGCCUUGCUUUCAUAAAAGUGCCCAGUGUUGAUGAUGACUUUGGUCAGGAAGCAGCAGAGUAUCUAAGCGAAUGUUUGCUCAGUAGCUCAAAGCAAUUUCGGGCAAUGAUCGAAGAACGUGAUGCAUCUGGGGGCAAAUCAAAAGGACAAGGAACUGGAAAUGUUCUCAUUGUUACUCUUGUUGAUGCCGAGACAGAAAGUAGCAUAAAUGCUACCAUGCUUGAGGAAGGGCUUGCCCGGCUUGAAAGAAGCAAGAGAUGGGACACUAGGGAGAGGAAGACAGCUCUCCAGAACCUGGAACAGUUCCAGGAGAAGGCAAAGAAGGAAAGGCUGCGGAUCUGGCAGUACGGGGAUGUUGAAUCGGACGAGGACGAGCAGGCCCCAGCUGCAAGGAAGCCUGGAGGUCGUCGGUAG